AUGUCUAAUCUCAGAGGCCGCCCUUCCAAGUGUCCAAAGCUUAUUCGACACGGAGGUCAUAGUGCCUCCGCUGAGCUUCAUACGCGCCAUCUCAGCUUUGCCCUAAGAUCCGAUGGUGGAUUCGGCCUCCGAACGUCUUAUCUUCCUGCUCCAGCACCUGCCGUAGAACCUGCAGAAGCACCAUCUCACGUAUCCGCUGAAAUUGACCCAUGGAACGAGAUGGAGCACAGUGCUAUAUUUUCUCCAGAAGACCUUCAGCCAGGUGACGAACUGAGGCCACAAACACGCCGACGGACACCAGGAGAUGACCCAAUCCUCCUUUGGCUAAAUGAACAUGAAACUUACUUGAAUGAGCUUCUAUACCUGGAGGGUUGGGGAAAAAAUGACCAUGAAGCAUGUUCUUGCGGGAAACCUUUGCCCUCUUUCAGAUGUCAAGAUUGCUUUUCAACGGAGCUAUUUUGCCAUGAGUGUGUUUUGUUGUUGCAUGCCAGUGCACCACUCCAUAGAAUCGAGGAGUGGAAAGAUAGUUUUUUUCACACCACAUCGCUCAAAUAUCUUGGUUUCCGCAUUCAGCUAGGUCACAAGCCAGGGGAAUCUUGUCAUCGCCCACGCCCCGCCUAUGACAAUGAUUUUGUUAUCAUCGACAUUCACGGUAUACAUGAAGUCAGCCUUGACUUCUGUAACUGCGAGCACGAAGCCCUGCAUUUCAAGCAGCUCCUUCAUGCCCGGCUUUUUCCUGCAACGGUUACAGAUCCUCGAACGGCUGCGACUUUUAGCGUGCUGGAUCUCUUCCACUUGUUAUCUUUUGAGUCCAAGGUCUCUGCGUAUGAAUUCUAUCACAGCCUUGCACGGAGGACGGAUAAUACUGGCAUACGGCCAAUUCGAGAUCGAUAUUCUGUCUUUCUAAGAAUCAUGCGCAAAUGGAGGAACCUCAAUGCACUCAAGCGUGCUGGCCGUGGGCACAACCCUGCUGGUGUGGACGCUACUCAAGAGGGAGAACUCGCUGUUUUAUGUCCUGUGUGUCCCCACCCAGGCAUAAACUUGCCCCCAAAUUGGGAAACUUCAGAUCGGCAAUGGCUCUACGCAGGUUUCUUUGCAAUUGACGCCAAUUUCCGUCUCAAGCGCCGGCUUGUCUCCUCCGAUGCCAAAGAUCCAGGGCUCACAUGUGGUUGGAAUUAUUUUGUUGAAGAAUGCCAGUACAAGACUUACUUGGCUGAGAACUCAGGAGCUGUUCAAGAGAAAAGCACUUGCGUUAGUCACAACGCCGUCAACAUGGCUGAUACCAAGGCUUCGAAGGGUCUGGCUGCAACUGGUGUCGGGACAAUUGAUUGUGCCCGACAUGAUAUGAAAUUGCCCAAUGGUGUGGGCGAUCUUCAAAAGGGUGAAAAAUACCUGAAUAUGGACUAUAUUGUAUUUUCAGCUCUCGCCAGGUUCCCUCAUCUCACUAAUGUCAAUCUAUCGUACGAUAUCGCCUGCCAGUGGCACAAGAAGCUUCAGGGCCGCAUUCCUGGACUACCCAUCAGGCUCCAACCUGGUGAACAGCGGGACCCGCUCUCAGAGAUAUCCAGCACAUCUGCGAAAAAGAUGUUCAACUUCUUCAUGCCUAAAUUUCAUCUUGCAGCUCACAUCGAGGCUUGUCAGACUGCGUUUUCAUUUAACUGGACUCCGGGCAUUGGUCGAACUGAUGGUGAAGCACCUGAACGUGGAUGGGCCAAUAUCAACCAUGUGGCUACAAGUACCAAGGAGAUGGGCCCUGGCUCCCGCCGCGAGAUUUUGGAUGACUUCUUUGGAGAUUCAAACUGGAAAAAGAUCACUGCGCUAGGCAGAAUCAUGUUGAAUAAACUUAAGGAAGCGGUCAAGGCAAUGCAAGAACACAAGCUUGCAUUCGAAGAGCUUGAGAAUUCUAUUACAGAGUCUGACUUGGGUGUCUUGUCACUAGCAACAUGGAAAGCCGAGAUAGAGGCUUGGGAGACCGACCACACUAAGCCAAAUCCUUUUGAACACCAAGUCGACACUAUGACACUUGCAGCUGUACGCCUCGAACUCGCGCAACGAGAUGCCAGGGAGUUAGAAGAAGGGACCACAAUUUCCCUUCAUGCAGAGUUAUCUUGUAGCAUGCUUAUUAGUACAGGUGUUGUUUGUUCACUGGGUCUGCAUGCAACAGACACCCAACGCACAAAGAUUCUCACCCGUAGCAGUGUACUGCAGCGCCGCAUUGAUGUUUGGACCGGCAUUCAAACUUUAUAUAUGCCCUCAGUUGCCAACUUACGUGCAACAGGCUUCACCAACUCAAGGAGUGACAAUGACGAUGACAGCAGUUGCCCGAGGCCAAACUUUGACUUGGGCAAGGCAGAAGACGUUCAACUCUUGUUACCUUCUGAGAUUUGCAGUCUGGUGCCGUGCGAUCAAAAGCUCCUCGAGGCUGAAUGGUCUCUCCGCAUGGCACAAGCCCAUGACGCACUCAAUGAGUGCCGUUCUCAUAUCCGCCUCCGUCGUCAACUCAUGCAAUUCAAGCAACAACAUAUCCGCGGGCAAGGUGCGAAUACUCGUGCGAAGAAGACACUGGACACUGUGGAAGACCGUCUUAUCAUUAGUCACGCAAAGUAUGUGUGUGCACGCAAGGCGCUCGUAGCUCUCUCAGAUCAUGUCGACCAUAUUGGCUGGGAACGGAAGCUGCAGCCACUCAAGAAGUCCCAUCUCUGGCCCAUGGGGGAUUUCACAGGACAGUCGCAAGGGACUGCAAUCAUGUCUUGGAUCUGGUUGAUGUAUGGGAUGUCGGAUGAUGAUAGUGAAGGCUUGCAGGAUUCGCUUCACAUUGAAUGGUGUAAAGCCAGGGCGCGUCGUGAUAGGUGGGGCGAAGAAAUUCAGCUUUUGCUGGAAGAGAUGCAACAUAUUCUGCUCUUUCUCAACUGGCAAGCACGUCAAUGGGACGAGCGCACAGGUGCACGAGUACCACAAAGACCUGAAGACGUCGAGGGUGUGGUCGCAUAUGCUAAGAAACAGGUGUUUAUCCAGCGCAGCCUAUCCGAAUCAUUCAAGGAGAAAUGGAGGCAGAUGAUGAGAGACGAUAAGCGGCAACUGCCGGCUUAG